AUGGCCCAGCCCUACCCCCCAGCAACGUACCCACCACCCCCGCAGAAUGGCAUCCCUGCAGAAUACGCUCCUCCACCACACCCACACCCAGCACAGGACUACUCGGGGCAGAGCACAGUACCUGAGCAUGCCUUGACUCUCUACACGCCAGCACAGAGCCACACCGAACAGCCGGGCACCGACGCCAGCACGCAAUCCAUAGCGGGCACACAAACAGUACCGGUAAGACACUCUGUGCUUGAAAGAGAACCUGUGAAAGGGGACCAGCCCUGGCCCGAAGAGGGCCUGCAGAGUGGGUUUUCAGGCCAGCUCAAGGAAGCCUGCAGUCAGGUAGGGGAGGAGGAGGGUGAUUCUAUCUGCAAGGAUGCAGGUAUGAAGCCAGGUUGCUCUGCAGUCCAUGCGCAAACUCAGCUGGAAAGCCCAAGGAGAGGUCUCAGCUCAAAAAAUGGAGGGAGGCAGAACGUCCUGGUUCGAGACUGAGGGGCAGCAUUAUAGGCAAGCAGGUGGGCUGAAGCAGCAGAUCAAAACCCCUCACCCUUCUCCUGGCUUAUCUGGGAUAAGAGACAACAAGGGAUGGCGAAUUGGGCCUGAAAUAGAGCCGAGGGCUUGUGCAGCAGGAGGCAAGUUCACAGAGGCAAUGCCAGUGCCCCAGCUGCCCCGUGGGCAUUUGUGGCUCAGUGCUUAAGUUUCCUGGCUCCCCUUGUGUCCCUAAUCACUUGUAAUCUACCUGCUUGGCUGCUUGCCAAUCCCAUCGUGCCAAUGAUGUGGUUGUAAUGCAGCUCAGUGAGGAAGCGCUGAGUGAGCAGUUCCCAGCCGCUCCUCCAUCCCUGAGUGCCAGGCUGGCUGCUUGCCACCGCGCAGCGGGGAGAGUGAGCUCUGUCUCCCCACAUGGCUGCACACAUGCAGACCCACAUGCAAGCCCAGAGGUCAAGCCAGGACCGCUUUGUUUGUCCCUGCCCACCGUUGUGGCGGCACCAAUCUUUAUCCUGCUGUCUCAUGAACACAAACGUAAUAACGAUCAGAAUCCCUAAGAACACCCUCUAAGGUAGGCCAGUGUCAUUAUUCCCAUUCUGCAGUUGGGGAGGUUAAGGCCUGAAGCCAGAUAGGAAAUUUGUGAAUGGUGAGGUCUGAGCAGCUCACAGUCUUAACUAUCUGCAUAUGCCACUGAUCUGUGUAUGCUGUUAAAGGUUUGCAGCUGCACCCUCUCCCCAUCCAUCACCAUGAGUUCAUAUCACCACGUACUCAAAACCCAAUGGCCACGUGCAAAGCCUAACUCCCAACACUUAGCACUCUUGCAGGCAGCCCAUAUAUCUGCAGCCAGCUUUCGCAAGGGGCAGUGAUGGUCUUAAGCAAGCACAAAACAGUGGUGAGAUCACAGUGGAAUCUCUCUUUAAUUUUCCCCUUCACCCCCAGCACACAGAUGAAGCGGCACAGACAGACAACCAGACGCUACACCCACCAGAGUGUGGUUCUGACAAGCAGCAGCCCAAACGGUUACACGUUUCCAACAUCCCUUUCCGCUUCCGGGACCCUGACCUGCGGCAAAUGUUUGGGGUGAGUCCAUUCCUCUCACUGCCCGCAACCUCUUUUGCUAAGCACACUGACAAGUGUCCCCAGAGAGCUCUGAGUACCUGCUACAGGCAGAGCCAGUGCUGCCAUUUCCAUUCUGCCCUGUCGCGGGCAUCACUGUUUCUGUUCCACUGCAGUUUGGUUCCUGCCAAAUACGUUAUUCACCUUGCUGUCCGCUUUUUAGCAUAAAUUAUGUAAGUUACCUACAUUUGUUUCAACAUAAAGGUUAUGUCAGAAGCAAUAAAAAAAAUCAGCUACAUUUUGUAAGUCUGCGGACUUAAGAAAACCAAUGACACUGUGAAAGCUUGACUAUUUGCUUGACUGAUCUCUGUUGCUGACCACAGACAAGCAUGCAAACUGCAGCAAUUUCCACUUCCUAUUCCAUUGGAAUUUUCCAACAUCCUUAAUUGGUGGGAUCAAAUAACAUUUGAUCCCAAAGGAAAGGACAGAGCAUAUUUUUUGUAUGCAAAAAGUUCCAGGUUCAAUCCCUGAUAUACCUGGAUAGGGCCACUGCCAUCUCUACCAUUAGACAGAGUGUGGCAACGGUCUCAGGUGGCAGAUGCUGGGGAACAGCAACAGCACUCCCUGGAGCCCCCAGUUAUUCCACUCUGUUGCAUCAGGACCAUUUCUAUGCCCCUCCCUUCCCAACAAGCAGGCUUGCUAUCUCAGUUGUGUAGGAGGCUUUCAUGUCACCCGUGGUGGAUUCAAUUGCCAGUACAACUGGCUGAUCUCCCGUGCCCUUCUCCUCUGACAGCAAAACACCUUGUUCCAGCUCUGGGUGGGGCUAAGAGAGACCCCUGUCUGAAAUCCUGCACAGCCGCUGCCAGUCAGAGUAGACAAUACUGAGUUUGAUAAACCAGUGGUCCGACUUGGUAUAAGAUAGUUCCCUAUGUUUCUCAAGCUGUGUGCCCUCAGCAUCCUGCACACAUCUUCUCCAUGAACAGCUGUUGUGAGGUCUCAUAACAGCCCUUGUGGUGAGAGUGCAGAGCUGCUCCUAGCAAAGUCAUACCAUGGCAGGAGCUCCCUUCUAAUCUCUCCCAUGAAACUUGUGACACCACCCCAGCCCCAAGCAGGACUGACCUGUCUUCUCAGCCUAUGCAUAGGUAGAACUCAGCCUCUCUCAGCCUGGCAGCACAUGAGACUGACUGGUCCUUCAAUCCUGAAGUGUCUGCCAUGUUGCUAUCAAGCUCCCAGGGAUGGAGCAGGCUCUCAACGGCCUAUGACAGAAGUGGGUAUUUUGUGGUACUUUACUCCCCAGAUUCCAGAGGUUACCAGGACACAGUGGCCCUUUUGGAGUAAAUGGACAGCUUAAAAGGCUCAGGACGCAAUACCUCAAGGACCGCCUCCACCCCCACUGUAUGAAAGAUUUCUGUUCUCCCAGGCCUUGGACUAAUUAAAUUAUCUAUGGCCUUUUAAAAAGUCACAGGGAUGUUUUUUAUUGGUUUGUUAUUACAUGACGUAUUUUUGUGGUUUUGUACUGUAAACUGCCCUGUGGUCUUCAGGCGAAGGGUGGUAUUUAAAUUUAAUAAAUAAAUAAAUGAAAGCAGACAUGCUAAGAUGGAGUGGACAGGGAAUGAUUACUCCUAUUUUUACCUUCCAUCCCAUUUUUACUUUUGUUUUUGUUUUGCUCUGCAGCAAUUUGGAAAGAUCCUGGAUGUUGAGAUCAUUUUCAAUGAGCGCGGCUCCAAGGUGGGUUCAGCAUGUUGAUGUCUGGUGCAACCCAAACAUCAGUGUAGGUCCAGACUUCCCAGGGUCCAGACUGCCCUCUUGCCCCUUCCAGUUUCCUCUCUGUGCCUCAUGUUGCCUACCUAGUUUCUAAUCACCCCUCUCUCCCACCUGCCCCCUAAAACCCUACAGCCAUUGACUUAGAAUCAAAGUUUGUUGUUUUAACUUUCACCCUAAAAGUGAACAUGCUGAAUGAAGAUACUCCACAAUAUCAGGUUUGUGCAUUCUUCAGAUUCUAACUCUGAAGCAAGCUACAGAGAGAGUAAGCUUGGAAAGAUGAUAAAACUAGGAGCUGCAAACCUUAUAGCUAAGGCAAUUUAAUUGCAGGAAAAGAACACCCUCUCAUGGUGAAACUGGAAAUCACUCAAAUUAAAAGAGGGGGGAAAUGUUUUACAUAAGGCAAAUUGUUGCAAAGGUUUUGCAGGAGAUAGAGUUGAGCAUGGGUCUUUUUCAGAAAUAGAUGCCAAAAUACUUAUUAAAAUAGUUUGCAUUUUGUUUCCAGGAGGAUAUGGGGGUGUUUAGUUUGACAGGAUUUGAAAUUUCUCCCAGCUGUUAAAUAACACAUUUACUGAGUUUUCCUAGGCCCGUUUCUUCAGGUUCAAUAUUGGCUUUUGGGGUCAAACCAGACUGUGACAUGGGAGAUGGAUGACCAGAUCUCCCCACGUCUUUUUCAUAGCUUAAUUUCUCCUUGUGUGUAUGUCAUGGUGUGGGUGGGGAAUUGGAUCAGGAGCAUGGCACUGGGAAAAGGGGAUGUUUAACCCAUAAGGUUACACAUCAGGCCAGAAGCCCAUAUUGUCCAGCAUUUUGCUCUCACAGUGGCUAUCCAGAUGUCCAAGGGAAGCCCGCAAGCAGAACCUGAGUGCAACAGCACUGCCCCCACCUGUGAUUCCCAACAACUAGUAUUCCUUUCUCCCUACAAUGUCUUCCUGAUUCAAAUCCCCACCCCACACCCCACCCUGCCACAAAACUUAUAUUAGGUUUUUUGGAAAGGGGGGUAGGGGUGGGCAGGUAUAGCCCAGGUGCCUGUGUUUUCCCCAUCUCCCAAAAGGGCUAAUGGCAAUGUUUGGGGAGGGGUAUUCCAAAUGGGAAAUUGCAGUGAUGGGGAAAGGGUUAAACCCCUCCCAACCACCACCACAUCUUUUAUCCACACCCCAAGCUGCAUUUAAACUUUGGAAAAGGUGUUAGGAAAUCCCCCCAGUCCCAGAUUUCCCAUGUCACUGUCUGGUUUGGCCUUUGGUCCUGGUCAAAGAAUGAGGACUUCCCACAGUUUCCAUCAGACAUUCAGAAAGUGAAUGAAUAUACUGUAAUGUAUCUCCAGGAAUGUAAUGCCUCUCCAGGUGGAAUCCAUUGCAAGUACCAGUAGCUCAGUCCAGAACACCUCACUCUUCCCAUGAGGCAGCGGCAAUGUACUCUGCCACGUCUUGCCCUGCAAUUUUGGCCUCUUGGGAAGCUGGCGCCUGUCCUUAUUCCUCUUGAGCCUUACCCCCUCCCCUUCUCCUUGCUUCGUCCCUCCCCCCCCCCCCCAGCCCUUGGGGGUCGCUUGGGAAGUUCACAUCCUGCCUCUUUCCCCAGGCCCUGGGGGAUUCUUCUCUCUACUGCUCCUUACUCACCCCCCUCUCUCUGUCCUGUCCCACCCACCCCCGUUUCCCCCCUUCUCAUUCUCUUCCUCCUACUCCUCUUCCACCCUCUCUCCCUCCCUCCCAAAUCCCCCUCUUUCUCUUUCUCUCUCCAUUUCCCUUUCUCUCCCCCACUCACAGGGUUUUGGGUUUGUAACUUUUGAAACUAGUGCAGAUGCCGAUCGGGCACGGGAGAAGCUGAAUGGCACCAUCGUAGAGGGACGCAAGAUCGAGGUGCGAACAUGUGCACUGCCUGCUCUGCGUCGGGGCGUUAGGAGUCACACUUGCUCCCCACAUGCACACACACACACAGACACCCCUUUCUUUUCUAACCAUUUCUACCUCUUGGGCCUCCCAGGACACGCAGGCGGGCGAGUGGAUGUUGCAUGCCCUGUGCUGUUGAUCUCCCGUAGGUGGUGGGGAGGGGUGGGGCACAGAGCAAAAGAAGAAGAGGAGGGCAGACCUUCUCCAGCAGGAGUCUGCUGGGAUCUGCCAGGGAAAAGCUGGAGGGAGGGAGGGCAAGCGUGAUACUGCCAAAUCCUCCAACCUCCCAGGCGCCAGCCAGAUUGAACCACUUGCGAUGCCUAGGCCCUAAAGGGUAGUCGUAUUGCUGCCUGGCUUCCUUCUUGGUUGUGGUUCUGGUUUGUUUUCUUCAAAAUGUUACAGGAUGGGCAGCCUCAGUGUCAGUGAGUUAGGAGGUGAGAUGGAGCAAGGCCUUUGGUUUCGCCCUGGUGGACCCUUCUUGAUCACACUGAGGCACAAAGUGUUGUGCCAUAUAAGAUGCUUCUUGCAGAAUAAUGUUGCUUGAGUUCGCCAGGGCUGUGGUCAAGGGCGGACAGGCAGUGUUGAUCUGAUGCUGACACCAUCGUUUUCUGGAGCUCCUGCCCCUGUGUGUUCCUUUGCAUCUUCACAAGCCUGUCUGGUGAAUGGAUCUCCCACUGUGCAUGAAGCCUGGGCAGGGUCCUCCCUGCAUGCUAGGUGUUGAACAUUAUGCUGGGAAUGGAGAGGUUCAGGAACGUUUCCUUUGAAAGCUCCAAAAUUCAACUUCCCACUCAAAAUGUCUGAAGCCUGUGUGCUCCAAAGGGCUGUACACCUAAGAUAAGGAAAUCGGGGUAUUGCCAGACCUGGCAUAUGCAGACAGGGUUUCCAGCCCAUACUCUUUGGAGAAUCUGGUCCAAAUCCUGAUUGGCUUUUGUCCGUCCUGAAACGUUCCUUGCGUCUCCAGUCCCAGGUUUCCUCCUGGGAGGAGGAUAUUUUGGUCCAAGGCCUGCCACUAACUCACUUUCUCUGUGCUUUGUGUCGCCAGGUCAACAACGCCACGGCCCGGGUAAUGACAAACAAGAAGGCAGCCAAUCCCUACACAAAUGGUAAUGGAGUGAAGCUGUGGCAAGAGGGUGUGCUAGGCCAGAGCUGGUCAUUGCUGGAAGACUGGCAGGCCUUUUAAAAAAAAAUAUGCUUGGGGGGGGGCUGUGUCAGGGCGUGGGCAGGCGUGGAGCCUGACUUUGUAGUACAUCCUGGUGUACAGAUGACAAAACUGGCUCUUGUUUGCUAGAAAGCUUGACCCAGAGCUCCUUAGGCCUUUCACCUAGGUCUCUGGCAGGUGGGGCUGGCAGUGAGAGCACAGGACAGGUAUGGGCCAGGGUGAUGCUCUCACGUCUCCUUGUUCUUCCUCCCCAGGUUGGAAACUGAACCCUGUGGUGGGCACCGUCUAUGGCCCAGAGUUCUAUGCAGGUAAUGUCUGGAUCAGACCAGGUCCCUGGGCAAGAGCUGCCCCUUAAAUAAGCUGGCAAAGCUGCUAAGCCUCGGAGCAGAACAACCUAUUCCUUGCUUGCUUGUUCCUGACAUAGGUGCCUAUGACAAAACAAGAAGAAGGAGCUGGGGGCAGGGGGCUGUCCUUAGGACCUCAGUGAAACAGGCCAGAGGAGGAGUCAUACUAUGGAGCUCUUCUCAAGAGAGUGGAGCAGGAGGGGAGUUUUGGGUGCAGAAAGAUUCCCAGAGGAUGUGUAUAUAAUAGAGAAUAGAGGGUGGGAUGAAAUAUCAUGAGGAUAUUUCUCAGGACACCUGAAGAGGGGCAAGCUCCUCGCUUCCUCUCUGGGGGAUCUCUCCUCUGCCACACAGAGGUGGGCAGGCCAUGUCUGGCACCAGGAGAGGACUCUUCUGGGGGUGCUCAUGGCGGUUUCCUUUUCUCUCCCACAGUGACAGGCUUUCCAUACCCAGCCACAGGAACAGCGGUAGCGUACCGGGGGGCGCACUUACGGGGGCGGGGGCGCACGGUCUACAACACGUUCCGGGCAGCUCCCCCACCUCCGCCCAUCCCCGCUUACGGAGCGUGAGUAUUUGCUGCAGAGACGGGCCUUCGAAAGGUGGGCGGGGGGAGCCUUUGGGCUCUUUGGACAGAGACAACAGGCGAUUGGUCUGCCCCCACAUUCCCGACGAGCAAGCCUCAGAGGAAACACUUCCUAGUCACCCUGCCCUGACUACAUCUCCAGCCACGUUUGGGGCAGAUCUGCACCUGGCUGGCUGCCCUUUUCACCUAGAGAAAGGCGUCUGCGUUAGGUGUGCCUGUUUGAUUAGGAUAGCUGGCCAUAGAAGUAACACUGUGACUAGCACACUCAGGAGGCAGACAGAAGGUAUUCAGUGGCCAUUUUGUCUUGGCGCUUUCAGAAGAUUUGUCCCUGUUUGCCUCUUCGCAUUUUUUUUAUUUUGCGAAGUGGAGGAAUACAGGCAACUUCUCACUGGUGCAGGGGUUGCGUUGCAGGUCAAUGCAUGCUUCAGCCCAUUCUGCCCCCUUCCAGGGCCCAAAGUGGCACAUGCCUUAGUAACGUGCAAACUGGUUGUUUCCUGUACAAUCUCUUCUGUGUAGUGAAAUAGAAACUGACAGUUAUAUAUAAAGUGAGGGUUUGGUUUGGUUUGGUUUGGUUUGGUUUGGUUUGGUUUGGUUUGGUUUGGUUUGGUUUGGUUUGGUUUGGUUUGAAUACUGUGACUAUGCAGAUAAUAGUGCUAAAGGAGGCCAGUGGGUGUGACUGUCAAACCCAUGUACUUGCCGCAUAGAAGACACUCAUGUGGCACUUCACAUAUCACAAUCAUUGCACAGCUGGGAAAGCACACUGUGUAGUUGUGCACUUCCUCCCCGCCUGUCCCCCCCCCCAGUAAGAACCCUCAACUCCUCUGCCCAUCAUAAAUUAUGCAAGCCAGUUGCAUUCAUGCAGAUAUGCUUUGCGCAAAAUAUUUAUUUGUAUGCUCUAGUAUGAAACUGAUUUGCGCAGUGUAGAUUUUACUUAUUGAUUUAUUUGGCAGCAAGGGAAGCAUGAGGGACAGCUGGGCAAGGAAAGAUGGGAACAUCAGAAGAGCCCAUCUAGUCCAGCAUCCUUUUCUCACCCCGGCCAACCAGAUGCCUGGAGGAAGCCUGCAAGCGGUUUCUGGGAACUGCUAUUCAGAAGCAUUGCUGCCUGCAAAGGUGGAGGUAGACGAUGACUAGAGGCCAUGCAGAAUGGGACAGUUGGCCAUAGUAGGCACAGAAGCUGCAUCCUUUACAGACUCUUUCUAUUCCCUACUGACAGAGGAAUUAGAAACUGGCUUAAUUUAGUAUCUAUACAUGAGUAAUCAUAGCAUCCAUGUGCAUGCUUAAGCAUGGAGCAUAUCUGAGUGGCUGCGGCCAGAUUCCCCGAAGGAGCAUCUGCUCCUUCUUGGUCAUCCCACUUGCCUGUCAGGCAGAUCGCCCCCAUCCAGCUUGAUGACUAGCACAUUUGCAUCUCCCCCGCCGUCGAGGCAGAGAGAGGCCAUUAGCAGCACUGAAAACCAGAGUCACAAGGUCCGUUUGAUGCCAGAGCCAGGGUUACCCUUUGAAACAAAUGUGCAGUCGCACGGAAUGGACUUCAAAGUGCCUCGCACGCAGCCAUAAGUCACCGUUGCAUUUUGCUUCUUUCCUCUGCAGAGUGGUUUACCAGGACGGAUUCUACGGUGCUGAAAUUUAUGUAAGUCCAGCCUUUCUCAAUUUGCUCUUACAGGGGGGGAGAGAGAGAGAGAGAGAGAGAGAGAGAGAGAGAGAGAGAUUCUUGUUUGUUGACUUUCCAGUCCAAGCUGCAGUAGCCCACCGGCUGGUUCUCGUGCUAUGCUACUCCUCUCCCACCCCCACAAACUCACACGCUGGUAAAUAGGCACAUGACCUUCUGGGAAGGAUAUUUCAUGUCUUGACAAAUCCCACCUGCUCACUUGGUUAAGAGAGACGACCGGGCAGGGGAUUUGCAGAGCCAGUGCUUGCAAAUGCAACGCAAGCGCAAAGGAUAUUCUGCUUGGUCUCGGGGCAUUGGGGAGCAGAGGAGGUAAGGCAGCAACUGUGCACCCUCCAUCCACUCUAUCCCUUUUCAUCGCUCCUGAGUUGCUGCUUAUGAGGUGUGUGUACCAUUGACUCUCCCCACCCCGCCAUUGCAGAGUCCCCCAUAGCAGCAAGGCAGUGAAGGAAACAGCUUGAAAUAAGCUUCCCCGCAUACAUGCUGCGGGAGGACCACUGCAAAACAGCAGAGCAUGUUGGGACAGGGGUGGCGCUCAGGCUCGCACGCAGGUUCGACCUGCCAGUGGCCCUGUGCCUUCUACAGCUGCUCCCCGCCCCCCAGGGCAGGAUUUAUUUGCUGGUCCAGUGUCAGCAUGCUGUCUUCUAGCGGCAUUUCCCCCUCCAUAUUUAAAGUGCUCUGGGCAAUAUUUCAGGCGCACACUGACGGAUUUAUCAGAGGCGACAUCUCGUUAACACCGCCACCCGCCAGGGAGGUGACAUUCUCUCCUCAGCAUGUUUAAUUUCUGCAGGUUAAUGUUAGUGAGAUCCCCGGGGAAUGCUAAUGAGACUGGUGUUGGGCUAGUCUGGUGGGGUGGCUGCAUGCGUCCCUCCUGAGCUUGGUUAGCACCUGGGGUGCCCAGCUUCUUUGCUGAGAACCAGCCUCAUGGCACAAGAUGCCUCUUUUCCUGGUUGCCGGCACAGGCACCGCAGCCUUCGCAGUAACUUUUUGUCUCUCCUCUUUGCUCCAGGGGGGUUACGCAGCCUACAGAUAUGCCCAGCCGGCAGCGGCAGCAGCAGCUUACAGUGACAGGUAAGCAGCCCUACCUGUUUAUUAGUCCUGAUCUUGCGGUUCAUGGCCUGUUCCCCUGCCCAGUGUUAUCAGCCAGCAUCCUGACAACAAGGAUGAGGAAGGGUGCCCCCACACUGUUCCCACCAGCACCACCAGUUUACGGGGUCUGGAUAGGACACCCCAAGGAGUGAGGAAGGUGGGCUAUCAUUGCCUUCAGCAGGCCAUGUUCCCAUCCUCUACAAACCCACUUCUGCAUCUGUGAGGGCCAUUGCUUGACCUGUCUGGAUAUGAAACUCCAGGGCUCAGCAGCGCAUAGAAUUGUUGGAAGGGUCCCUGAGGAUCAUCUCAUCCAACCCUCUGCAAUGCAGGAAUAUGCAGCUGUCUCAUACGGGGAUCAAACCUGCAACCUUGGCAUUAUCAGCACCACACUUUAACCAGCUGAGCUAUCCAGACUCAAUCUGACCUGACCCCUGGCUCUUGUUAUAAUGUGCCUCCAAUACCAGUUGUUCAUGAGAAUCUGCUUCAUUCCUUUCACACCUAUAGGAAUCAAUUAUUCUAUUCUGUUCUGUUCUGUUCUAUUCUAUUCUAUUCUAUUCUAUUCUAUUCUGGUGGACAUGCCUAACUUCAUAUGGAUAUGGAGCAACUGUAUGGAACAUGACCAAGUUCUGUGGGGCCUGUUAGGUGGCCUUUCUUGCAGGGCAAAGCUCUGUGGUAACAAGGCAGCUGUAUUUAACUCUUCACAGUCCCCUCGGUCUUCUAAUAUCCAAAUUAUGACAAAGGUGGCUGUGGUUAUCUUACUGGAAAGCUGGAGGAAAUAUUAUUUAUCUGGUUAUUAAUUCACACUGAUUAACAUUCCCCUCACCCCUUUACUACCUUUGUCUUUUAGUAUCCUAUUAGAAAUGCAGUUGAUUGUCAUUUAAUUAGUCUAUCGGUGGAAUAUCAGGGAAACCGUUGAACGGUAACUACUUUUAGAUCACUCCAACAUGACAUUCUUCCUCCAUGGAAGCAUGCAGAUGAAAAACAUGGAGACAGAAUGGGGGGGGGGUACCCAUCCAGUUUUCCCAGGAAAGAGCUGCAAGCAACCUGUUAGAUUUUUGCCAGGUCCUUCUCAUGAGUCUCCUGGAAAAUAUAAAUGGACUUUUAAAUAAAUUAUGAUAUAAAGUUUUCCACAUCUAUUAUUUCUCGACAAAGAGGAAAAUGCAUGUUUAGUUAUUCCGCUUGGUUUUAAAUGCCCACAUUUUACUUAAUGUGUAGGCAUUCUAAUGGUUAGGGCACAAUGGUUAGGGCAGGGGGAGGGGAAGCUGUGUGUCCCUACAGACAUUGUUGGGCUCAAACUCCCACCAGCUCCAGCCAACUUGGCCAACGGCAAUAUCUAGAGGGAGGUUCCCCCACCCCUGGUUUAGAAGAAUGGGCUCUGAGCUACAGUUUGGAUCUCAUUUAAGCCACAAGGGUGGUCUUAGGUGAAUCCCAACAUAAUCUCAGCCCCCCAUCUGCAGUAAUGCUGGCCUACCUUACAGGGCUGUGUCAAGAAUUACUGAGAUGGUUUAUCUAUUUAAAAGUGUUUAUAUACCUCUGUAUCAUAAAGCUAUAUCACAGCAGUUUACAGCCACAUGAAAGCAAAAAAACCAAACAAUAAAAUCAUCAAAAGUUAACUUUAAAAUAAAAAACGAACAUCAACAAAGCACAACAGGUGUACUCUUAAUUGCCUGCAUAGGCCUGGCAGAACAGAAAAGUUUUCAGCAGGCAUUUAAAAGUUGUCACCGAAGAGGCCUGCUGAAUCUCUGUUGGCAGCGUGUUCCAUAGGACUGGGCUGUUGACACUGAAGGCUUCUCAUUGUUGUCAAACAAGCCUCACCAACUCGGGGAACAACCAAAGACACUCCUGCAUGUGAUCUCAGUGAUCCCUGAGGUGUCCUGGACCCAUGUCACUCAGGACUUUGUAAGUCAAUCCAUGAACCUUGAACCUGGCUUGGUUAGCAGGUGUGCAGCUGUUUUAACAAUGCUGUGACAUGUUCUAGAAUCAUGGAAUUGUAGAGUUGGGAAGGACCCUGACCAGAAGCCCCCAUCCACAAUCUGCCUACCACAAGCCUCCAGUCCAGACCCAAGGGCAGCCCCACUUAGAGCCCAUUGCAGUAUUCAAACCUCCAAGUUAUCAUUAUGCACACAAAGUAAUUUGAACUAUAAAUAAUAUUCUUAAAAUCCCCUGAGUUUUUGCUGCUUUAAGACUUCAGCUAUUGAAUAUCAGUCUUGCAACUCCAUUCUCCUUUUUGAAAUAUUAUUCUAAGAACCCCUGGAAUUAAGCUCUUUGUUCCUUCUCUUCCUCACAUACAAAAUCCUCUUAUAAUUUCUUCCUCUUGGUUCAUAUGAUCCAUUAUUGCCAAAGGAUCUGCUCCAGUCCCUGUUCCCCAUCCUCCUGCACCCUUUCCUGUUUUCCAGAGGCAGCCAGGAAACUAUUCAGCCUCCAUUUCCUGUGUGCCAAACACAACCAGUUCUUUUCAUCUCGAUCCCCUUUUCCAUCUGGUUGCCACACUGUAAUUCACUCCGAUUCCUCCUCCAUCUCCUUUUUCUAAUAAGCACAGAUGCACAGCAUCACAGACUUAAUGUUCACCAUCUAGGACAACAUCUAGCCAGGGAACCUUUUCUAGCCCAGGGAGUGUUCAGAGGACCAUUUUGCCCUGAGGUUCCCCACUCCUCAUCUAGGAUAAGUGUGGGAAACCUUUGGCCCUCUGGAUCUUGCUGAGCCACAGCUCCCAUCAGCCCCAGCGAGCAUGGCCAGUGGCCAGGGAUGAUUGGAACUCAGUGUUCAGCAACAUCUGACAGGUCAAAGGUUCCCCCACAGUUGAUCUAGGAGCUGGCCAGAUUUUUAAGGAGCCCAAGUUGUGGUGCCUCUCCCUAGCUAGCCUCCCUCCUCCUUCCCUCCCUGGGCUGCCAAUACCUUUGUUCUCUCAAGUCUGAGGAAGGGGCAGGCACUUGUUUCAUUCUUCCCACACCCAUCACUUCUGGCCAAGUUCCAGGCCCAGGCUUCUUUCUUGCACACCUCGCUGCCCCCCACCCUGCAAUUGCCACUUUGCAGCAGAGAAGGAAUGCCCAGGGGACUGGAAACACAACUUGGGCAUGUAAUGUGUCAUUCUGGCCAGAGACCUGGGAGUUGUGCUGCCAGUGAGAGCGGGAGAUACUCUGCAAGGUGGAACCAGAGCAGCAGUCCAUGCCAGGGCAGCUCUUUCAGUUCGCAACAUGCCCACUGCUAUCUGUGACAAGGCAGCACAGGUGAUGGGCAAGAGCUGGGCUUGAGCAGGUGCUCCCGAAUGCACAUCUCGCAACCUAUUUUAAUGUGUGUUUCUUUUAUGCUCUCUCAGUUCUUUUCAGGUUUUGCGUAUUUUCCCCUGCACUCUGGUGCCAAGCACAGAAUUUCCCUUAUUUGCAACACUUUUCCAGUGGCCAGCCCUUGGUUGCUAGUAACGACUUCCUUCCUUUAGACCUUCUGAAGAUGUUCAGGGGGAAUUUUAUCCUGGCUUAAGGAACCAGAGUGGUGGGAAUGAAGAUGCAGUUUGCACAUGGCUCACAAAUCUUGGCGUAUUCUAAGGGUGUCCAAAGUUUGAAGUGCUCUGUGUGUGUGUGUAUGGAGAAGACCGAAAGCUCUGUGGUGGGCUGUUUCCUAACAACUCAGAAAAUAAUCCUGCUAUUUCUGUUGAGGUGUAUUAGAACUUUUAAAAAAAACCACAAAACUAUGUAUGACAUCCAGGGCCUGAUUCAUGAUUUUCUUAACAUUUAGGGUUGGCAACUCUGCGACCCCCCAGUUUCUAACGCUGCCCCCUGUGUUCGCUCCUAGUUAUGGCCGAGUUUAUGCAGCUGCAGAUCCUUACCACCACACCAUCGGCCCUGCUGCCACCUACAGCAUUGGCACUAUGGUAAGAACCCUCCCUCCCACCUAUUUGCGCGUGGGGCUGUCUGGGAAGCAUGCCGCCUUGGGGCUGGGCUGGCCACUUAGGGUAAAAAGAGAGGGGUGUUGGGAAACAUCCAAAUUCACCCCUCGGUUGCAGCCGCCUCCUCAGCACCAUGCAGGGAAAGGAAGCCUAAGGAGGAGAAUCCCAAGAGUGGGGAGGGAAGGACAGAAACACACAACACACACAGGGCCUGGUGCAGACCCGCCUGCUUUCGUGGCCACUAGGAAGGACAUACACAGGCCUGCUGCGACAUUCUUGGCUGUCACCAGGCUUCCUCCUAUUUAGCCUGCCUUGAUGCACUGCUCUGUAGGGAAAGCGGUCCAGAGCAGGCAGCAUCUUGUCCAAGUGGAAGUGGCCGUUUGCUCAGGAACCAUUUCUGAAGGAGCAGCUAACUCUUAGACAGAGAACUGGAGCAGGGCAGAGGGUGGGGUUGGUUGCACAAGCACACAGCCCAACGCCACUCCCUGCUACUCCCGAUCUCACACACACUGCCGCACCCAUUUCUUGCAGUGACGCCUCCUUGCAAUCAGCUUUCACAUACAGCAUCAAAGAGGAGAAACAUCCAAGCCACCCUGCUUUACUAACCUUCCCCACCCAAGCCACUAGCCCACCCCACGGUGUCAGUGCCUUCCCAGCGAUAAAACAAGGAACGAAUGGCCUUUGCAGCCAUCUCGUGGGCUUAAGGAAUUGGGUUCAGUUCUUUUGGGUGUCGGGGGGUGGGGAGAGGCAGGGCGGAAGAUCCUGGGCUGGCUGAAGGGGACUGAGGCUUGAGUGCAAUCCAUCUCUCUCCCCUUACUACUGAAAUGGUCCAUAGGAAACAGCUAAGUUCCAGCUUCGAAAGCUCUGCUUUCCUUUAUUUUAUUUUAUUUUAAAUGUACCUCAGCCUUAUCCAUCCAUUAUCCUCUGGACUUCUUGUGAGCCCAGGCCCACAACAGCAUUGCAUGCUGGGAGUUGAGUCCAACCACCACCACCACCACCACUUCGUCCCCACCACAAAGCAAGGCCUCUGCCAGCCUUGGGGGUCCCAAGGGACCCCCGUCUUGGCUGAAAUAACAGGGCAGGGAUGGGCUGUGCCUCUCCUUUAUACUGAUUGGCUUUUUCUCCGUCUUUGAUGUUGCAGGCUAGUCUAUACCGAGGAGGGUACAGCCGCUUCACUCCCUACUAGCAAGACAGACCCAGCCCCUCCUCACAAUAGUAACACUGACUGCUCCUUAGAAAUCAAACCAAAAUCAAAUGGACAUGGGCCCCCGCCCCACGCUGCUGGCCCUCGGCAGCCUAAACCACAUAUUUCUUUACCUCAAGCCGCCUCUCAUGCCUCACAUCCCACCUGUCUCUGAUGGUGUGCCGCCAAGUUUGUUUUCAUUUUGCAAAGCUACCAGCCGGGGGGGAGGGUUGGGACAGGCACCUGCUUCCGCCAGACCAAACAAACCCAAACACCACCAGCAAGCAGAACCUCACGGAGAGCCUCCCUAGAGCCCACCCUGCUCCCAAGCUUUCCUGCCACAAGCCCCGGGGCCAUGUGGCGCUCGAGAUAGGCCCCCAGUCAGGCCCCCUGCAUUGUGCCGGGUGUUCAGGUCCUUGCACAGGGGAGGGAGGGUGCAGUUAAAAGAACUCAGGAUGUUAUCCCUCUCGGAUGCAAACUGCCCACGCUCCUCACUCACACACACGCAAGGACCAGGUGGGCAGGGCCCCAGGCUGCUCCAGAAUCCCAGCAGGUGCAGGCUGCAGUCCCAACCCACCUUACGCUGCUUAGAUGCACUCAGCCUCCAAGCAACAGCAGGGAGAAUUUUGCUUCCUCUGCCUGCAGGAACUGGAAGCUGCCCCCUUGCAGAGGAAUGAUGCGAUGGGGGAGGUGGAGGAUAGCUUUCCAAGCAUGCAGCAAGAGUGAGAGCGGGUGGGGGAAGAGGGGACCCUGCAAGGAGCCCCUGCUCUCUAGGCUUAUCAAACCACAUGCCUAGCAAUGUGAAGGAGCUGGUUGGGACCAGCCUCCUGGUGGGCUGAAUGAUCCCAGCUCCUUUGUUCGUAUGGGGAGCAGCCGUUCCAUGUAGGAGGUGGGCAGCGCUCUGUGUGAGCAGGUCUGGCACAUACAUCUGUACAGAAAGGGGGCAGGGGAGGGGAGGGCACUUAUGCAGACAUAGGAGGCGGGGCGGGUGCUGGGUGCUGGGAACUGAGUCCCAGGGUCCCACUUCCCAGCUCUACCAUACCCAGACCAGCACACCCCCAGAGAGCAGAAAGCCCUUCCCCGACACCAAGUCUUCCCCGCCUGCCACCUGCAGGUUGCUCCAUGGAACGUUCUGCCUUUGUUUUCUGUUGUAGUGA